UUCUAGCUCAGUGCAGCCUCAUCUCGGUGAACACCAUUGAGAAAGAGUGAGUGAGAGAGGAAGAGAGCGAGCGAGAGCGGGAGAGAGAGACAGCCAAAGCAGAGGAAGAGAAAGGAAAGAGACGGACCGACAUACUCUGUGAAAAAAGUGUCCAUAAUUCGUCACCCUUUCUUUCUCAAUUUCCAUCACAAACCCUACCGGCGCUUGGAUGAACCAAAACCUAUCGAUCAGUCAGUGCUACACCUGGAUCUCCUGACCAGCCCGAGCAGGCAUGUCCCGAAGGAAGCAGAGCAACCCCAGGCAAAUCAAACGUCCCUUAGAGGAUGGUGGUCUGGAGGAGGAGGAGGAGGAGAAUGAGCUCAUGGCAAAAGAUGAGUUCUCAACGGAAGAGAACUUCUCAGCUGAGUUUGAGUCGGAGAACAUGAGCUGUGAAGAUAUGGAAUACUACUGCAACAAAGGAGAAGAAGAUGGCAAUGGAGAAGCAGGGGAGUCAGAUGUGGAUGGACAGAGUGACAAAACCAGACACCCACAGGUUGGACCAGAGGAGUGGGAUGGACCAAGAGAGCUGGAUGCUUUGAACAAGGACGGCGAGCGCCGAAUCCACAGCCGGCAGCAGCUCCCUGUGGGAACCACAUGGGGACCUUUCAACGGGAAGAUCGAGAUGAACCCUGACGGCAGCAGCAUGAAGACCAAGAGCUGUGUCCCGGUGGUGCUCAGCGCCGGCCCCAGGUGGCUGCUGGAUGUGACUUGGCAAGGAGCAGAAGACAAUAAAAACAACUGUGUGGUGUACAGCAAAGGUGGCCAGCUGUGGUGCACCACCACUAAGAGCAUCAUGGAAGGCGAGGAGCUGGUGGCGUUCGCCGUGGACUUUGACUCCCGUCUUCAGGCCAUCAGCCACAUGUCUCUGACUGAGGGGAUGUACCCCGCCAGACUGCUGGACACCAUCCAGCUCCUGCCCCAGCAAGCCGCCAUGGCCUCCAUACUGCCCACCGCCAUCGUCAACAAGGACAUCUUCCCGUGUAAGGCUUGUGGGAUCUGGUACCGCAGUGAGAGGAACCUGCAGGCCCAUCUGAUGUACUACUGCAGUGGCAGGCAGAGGGAGCCAGAGAGCCAGGGGGAGGAAAAUGACAACGGACCUCACCAGACCCCCAGCAUCUGCCCCUUCCCACAAUGCAACAAGAGCUUCACCAGUGCCAGAGCCCUGGAAAUGCACCUGAGUACACAUAGUGGUGUCAAGAUGGAAGAGACGCUCCCCGCUGGCACCAGCUUGAAAUGCACAAUCUGUAACUACACAGCAGAUUCACUUAUUACAUUCCAGCAUCACAUCCUCUCUCACCUGUCACAGGCGGCCUUCAGAUGCAAUCACUGCCAUAUAAGCUUCCAGAACCACAGGGAACUGUUGCAGCAUCAGGACGUACACGGCCACCACGGCCACGGCGGUGGAAGCAAACUUCACAGGGAAAGUGACAGCGAGCACUCUCCCAGGGGCGCGGAGGAAGCCCUGCAGCAGGCGGCGGCCCGCAUCGAGCUGGCCAACCGCAAGGAAGCCCUGCAGAGUCCCAAAGGAUCCCUCAGCAAGGACGCCACCACGGACACAGAGCUGGAGAAGUCGGAGAAGAAGACUCUGCUGUCAGGGCAGAAGGGGGACAGUGGCCACUUGGGCAGUAAGGCCAGCUUCUCCUACACCCGGAUCAAGUCUGAGCCUUCCAGUCCUCGUCUGGCUUCCUCUCCUGUCCAGCAUAACAUGGGCCCCACCUUCCCCAUGGGUCCCUUCCUGUCCCAGUUCGCUUUCUCCCAGGACAUCUCCGUUGUCCCGCAGGCUUCUGAGAUUCUAGCCAAAAUGUCCGAGCUAGUGCAUCGAAGGCUACGCCACGGUGGGAACACGGGCUACCCUCCUGUGAUCUACAGCCCCCUAAUGCCCAAAGGGGCCACCUGUUUCGAAUGCAACAUCACCUUCAAUAACCUGGACAACUAUCUGGUCCACAAAAAGCACUAUUGUAACAGCCGCUGGCAGCACAUGUCCAAGUCGCCCGACUUCUCCAGCGUCUCGGACAAGGCGGUGUCGGAGGUGGUGAGCCCGAACAGCGGCCACAGUGCAGUCGGCAUGCUCACCGGCUGCCACCCUUCAGAGGUCGGCGACAGCCACCUGGUGCAGUCUGCCUGUCUGUCGGUCACCUCUCAAAGUGUCCUGGACAUGAUCAACGCAGGAGGGGCAGCGAAAGGCUCCGGCCCGGAGAAGGAGCUGGCCGGCCAGGUGAAGAAGGCGUCGAGCACCCCGACCGGCGUGGAGGAGAGGCUGAACGGGAAGCAGCAGGCGGUGGAGGGGAAAAGCCCCACCGCCACGUCUCUUGUGGAGACGGACGUCAACGACCCCAACCAGACCACCUGCGCAGCGUGCAACAUCACCUUCAGCCGUCACGAGACCUACAUGGUCCACAAGCAGUACUACUGUGCCACGCGCCACGACCCCCCCAUGAAACGCAUGUCUGCUAACAAGGUUCCCUCCCUGCAGAGGAACAUGAGGACCCGUAAGCGCAGGAAGAUGUAUGAGAUGUGUCUGCCAGACCAGGACCCAAGAGGACCCCCCAUGGGCCAGCCAGGGUUCCUGGGGGUCCCUCCAAUGGGGAACCCCUGUACAUCCCAGGAGGCGGUGGACAACCUGGCCGACCGUUUCCAUCCUCGCUGCGACGUCUUCCCAGGGAUGGUCCCCAAACACCUGGAGGCUUCCCUCACCGUCACCAAGUCUAUUAUGGCCACCAACCGCAAUACCAGCAUGGACCAGCAGGAGCUGGACGCACCGAUCGAUCUCAGCAAAAAGUGCCCGCUGAUCCCCAAUGACAAGACAUCGCCUAGCUCCCCCAAAAGACUGUUGGACUAUCACGAAUGUACAGUGUGCAAGAUCAGUUUUAACAAAGUAGAGAACUACCUAGCGCAUAAACAGAACUUUUGCCCUGUGACAGCAGCUACUGGGAGCCAGCAGCUGAGUGGGGAAAUGGCGAUCGGUCUGGAGCAGCAGACCAUGUUCCCAGACGGGGUGAAGAGUGAAGGAAAUAACCCUGACGAGGCCUACGAUAAGAGCCCGGGGAAAUUUGACAAGAACAGCAGCAACGGGAGCAGUAAAAUGAUUGUGCAGAACGGGGGUGGAAUGUUCCCCCCUCACCUAGGCCCAGUACCGGCUCUCAAGCCCUUCAGCGAGGCUCAGCUCAUCCCGCCGAAAGACGAGAACCAGAACUUGUUUCUGCCCCACUGCCUUUAUCCCGGUGCAAUAAAGAAGGUGAAAGGCGCCGAGCAAAUAUCGCCCUAUUUCGGGAUAAAGCCGACCGAUUACGCGGCCGGCGGGCUGGUCAUGCCGGGAGAGAGAGAGGCGAACAGCGAACAGGAGCAGGGCAGUAACGGAGGGGGACCAGACACGGGUAGAGAACAGCCUGCUGCCAACGGCUGCCCACCCCCGAGCAAAGAGCCAUUACCCCUGCUGCCCAAAAACAGGGGCAUGGUCAUAGUAAACGGCGGGCACAAGCCAGAGGAGCGUUCAGGCUCAGGGCCCGUCACACCCAACCAGGAGAACCACUCCCACAACCCCCUGCAGCCGGACGGCCACCCGUCACCCACGUGGGGCACAGAGAACCCGUCUGACUCCAACGAAAACGUGUCUCCCACAUCCAAGUCACCGACCGAGGAGGCAGCGCCCACCGUGACGAAGGGUGUGAACGGGUCGAGCCAAGCCCCGGGCAGUGGGAAGUACUGUCGUCUUUGUGACAUCCAGUUCAACAACCUAUCAAACUUUAUUACUCAUAAGAAGUUUUACUGUUCGUCACACGCGGCAGAGCACGUGAAAUGAAGUCAGCCCUGGCGUUUCUCGCCCCUUUCUCCCCCUUUUUUUUUCCUGUCUGGGUACACUGUAAUGUCUGGAAGAGUGCAUCACUAAUGCAGUUCUAUACGCUGCUUGUGGACAAUCAAGAGAAGCUUCUUCUUUCAUAAUUUUAAGACUUAAAUGCUAAUCAUUGGUUAAUGAAAAAAAAAUGAAUCAAGAGUAAUAUUGGUGCCACUUCCACAUUUAUUUAUUUUACAAUCAGUAUUAAUAGGAGUAGUGAUCUUAAUCUUAAUUUAAAAUUCAAAUGAAAUUUAUAUCAGAGUUGUUUGUAAUGUUAUUGUAUAGUCAUUCUUGUGUAGCACACACAUUGUUUCCACUGUAAUGUAGGCUCAAAGAAACAAUAGACAGAAGACAAAUGAGAUGCAUUUUAGACACAAAAUAGCUACUGAAGCACUUGUGUAUUCUUAUUUGCUGUAACAGUUUUUGUAUAUGCUUAAAUGUCAUUUGCAGCUUUGCUUUCCAUGACUCCGAUUCUUGGCCUUAGCCUGCCUUUGGUAGGACGGCCAGGCACAAUCAAGCUGCAUCUUCUGUUUUGGCAUAUACACUUGGCUUAGCAUACGUAUGUGGCUGUUUGUCCCUGUCUCUUUUAUUCAACUCAGAUGUGGAUGUUUCAGGAGGGUGGCAACAUUCUUGUAUAGUACUCGUAUUUCUGUUUGCUGAACUACACUUUGAUCUCCCUUUUUAAAUAUUGCUAUCCACGCAAUACUUUGUAAAUGAGGGAUCUUACUGAAAACAGUAUUAUAAGAAGGGGACUGCAUAUAUUAUUUGGAACCCAUAGGAAAAAAAAAUACAAUUGUACAAGAAUGACGUUUAUUGCUGUUAAGGAUAACUGACCAGAUGGGUUGAGAGGUUGGUUGAUGGGGAAUACUAAUGUAAAAUAAUCAUUCCAAUGUCCUAAUUAUAGGAGAAAAAAUGUUUCUUAAAAAACGUUGUUGCUAUGCAUGUAUAUGGAUGGAAUAAAAUUCCAGAACUGUUGGAAAUAAUUUUUAUUUUGAUGUGGUGUCAUAAUUAAACUUAAAUCCUCAGGAUAAUUUAAUGUUUGGUCUUUUCUUUCAAAAUACAGUGUACCAAUGUAAUGGAUACUGGGUACAUUUUGGUACAAGGAGGGACAGCUGAAAAUUGACAAAUGUUAAAAAAGGAUUUAUAAAUUUUAAGGAAAAACAUCUGUCAGUUAAAAAAAAAUCAUCCCUGAAUAA